ACUCGUGAUUUCAACAGACUGAAUUCGUCAUUUUACGAUAAACUCCUGAAAUAAGUAUGAAGCUAGCGAUUUCCGGCCUGAUUUUAGUUUUGAUGCAUCUCCAAUGUUCUGUGUCAACCAAUAUAACGGAUUUGUAUACUAACCCACCUUAUCAGGCUAAAAUUAUUGGAGGCGAGGUAGCAGCGGAGGGACGAUUUCCUUACCAAGUCGCGAUCAUCAUUGGAGGAAUUGGACUUUGUGGCGGAUCUCUUAUAUCGGAUCGAGAAGUCUUAACAGCAGCGCACUGCACGAAAGGACGUAAGCCGUUCCAGAUUUUCGUGCGGGUCGGAUCUUUGGAUUAUCGUUCUGGUGGAGAAACUCGAAAGGUGUCACAAAUCAGACAGCAUCCUCUGUUCAACUCGAUAACCCAGCAGAAUGACAUCUCCAUGCUUGUGUUAUCUUCGCCCGUGACAUUGAACGAGAUGGUUGGCGUGGUGACGCUACCAACAGAAGAGCCUUCUGCUGGGGCCAUGUGUGAGACAUCCGGCUGGGGUGUAACGGCGGAAAAUGGACAACAGUCGUCAGCCCUUCGGUACAUAGAACUACCAAUUAUUGAUCGAGAAACAUGUCGCCAAACCUACUCUUUCCCCGGAUUGUCGGGGAACCAAAUAUGCGCCGGGCUCAGAGAAGGUGGAAGAGAUGCUUGUCAAGGAGAUUCAGGCGGAGCCCUUGUGUUGUCUGGGACAAGCACGCAAGUUGGGAUUGUUAGUUAUGGACUUGGAUGUGCUAGGCCAAACGUUCCAGGAGUGUACACGAAUUUGUUUAACUAUUUGAGUUGGAUAAGAUCCGAAAUGCAGCCCAACACGUUCUGCGCUUCCAUGCUCGACGUAUGCAACCGUCUGCAACUUUCACUGGUCUGUAAAAAAGUUCAGCUCCUUUGCAAUCCGAAUAAUGUAUCCGGGUGAAAUAAAAAUAAAUUUACUCGGUAGUUUUAAUGUAAAA